GCGCCAGAAUCGUCGAAUGUGGAAUUUGUUGUGUUUGUUAUUAUGCAAAUACUGGUGUUUCGUUUUAAUUUUAAAGAGCUAAAAAGUAUUAACGAGCCACGACGAUUAACUUUGGUGCUUCGGUUGGCUUGUAGUAUUACACGAAAAUUGCGAUAAUUUAAAGCCCCGCUGAAAAAACUGUCUCUGGGCGAACAAAGCAAUCGAAACUUAAUGGGAUUAUAUAAAAGAAUCGGUCGCUCGAAAAGUAGCUCCAGUUCGCGAAGGAGUCUCGUGCUAUCGCUGGUUCUCCAUGUGUCCGGUGACGAUGUGGCGAAUCAGUAUUUUCCUUUGCUUGCUUUUGGAUGCCACAGCGGACAGUCCGAUUACAUCGGAGUUUCGCAUUAAAGUGUGCGAAACACUUCGCUGCAAAUUAGCAGCGGAUUUCAUCAAAUCUGCGAUGAACGACAGUGUGAAGCCCUGCAAUGACUUUUACAGCUAUGCUUGUGGCUCCUGGGCGGCAAAUCAUCCGGUACAAAAAGGCGAAGAUGUUUCGAGCAUUGAUGCGAUAAUCGAACGCCACAUCAACCACUUGGUCAUAGACAUAUUGGAGGAAGGAGAAAACAACAACGACAGUGCGGCUCUGAAGUAUGAAAAAAAAUUUCACAAAUCGUGCUUGGAUACAGAUAAAAUCGAGGAAAUUGGCAUCCAGCCAUUAGAGGAAACGGUCAAUUACUUUGGUGGUUGGCCAAUCACGAUGAAUAGCAGCGAUUGGAAUGACGAAAAUCACGAUUGGCAAAGCAUUCACGAGGUUUAUUCGGCUAUGCAGGGUUUAUCGUCGAUCUUUGAUAUCUUCGUCCAUUACGAUCACAGGAACCAAAGUAAAUGGGCCAUAGAAUUGAAUAAGCCGCACAGAACGAUGUACGAUAUUUUGUUGAAAAAAAUUGACGAGGCUACUGCCACAGAAAAAUACGCGGAGUUUAUGAAAAAUGUCGUGAAUGCAUUUCUCAAAUCUUCUAAUAAGACCCUAUCCGACGAUGAUAUUUCGAGAGAUGUCGAGGAUAUCGUGAAUUUCGAAAAAAGCCUACGUUCGUUAAAGGUGUCAGACAACGAAACCUCAGAUAUGGAGCCGCCGCGCACGUACAUGACGAUCGAUGAUUUGCAGAGUUUUUACAACGAGGAAAACCCGACGAAGCCGACUUCUAAAAUAAAUUGGCUUCAAACCAUCAGGGCGUUGUUCAGAAACGUGAACAAAUCGGAAAAUAUCGAAAUCGGCGAAUUAGAAGAGAUGGGUAUCGGUGACAAGUAUUUCCUGCACGGGCUAUUACAUUUGCUCGAGAAGACGCCCAACAGGGUGAUAGUCAACUACGUUCACUGGAAAUUCGUUUCGACCUCGAUUAAGUUCACGAACAAGGAAAUGCGCGACCUGUACUGGCAAUUCAUAAACAUCGGCGAAGAUUCCGAAGUGGUUCAAAAAAGUCGACGAGAAACAUGUCGGGCCGACAUGAGAAUCGGCACAGGCUUGAAGUACGAAUUUCUCAGGAGGCACAUUUCACCCGAGGAUAAAGAAAUAGCGCUCGAAAUGUCGAGCGAAGUGCGCAGCGAAAUGCUCGACGAGAUCGAACUUUCGACUUGGUUGGACUACGACACGAAGCAAGAAACUAUGAUAAAAUUGCACGAUUUGAAGACGCGCGUCGCCGGGGCCGGGGGGGAAUGGACUGAGCACGUUUACGAGGAUCUGACCAUCGGAAACAACUAUUUCGAAAACGUGCAAAACGUUCGAAAAUUCUAUACGACUCGUAUGUUGAAGCGGCUUAGAGAAUCUCGAGAUCCGCGAAAAUUCCCAUUGGUCCAUCCACUACGUGUCAGACCUGCUUAUGAUAAGAGGCACAGACGUGUCGUUUUGUCGGCAGCUCAACUGUUUUCACCUCUGUUCCACUCGUCACUCCCACUACCCGUGAAUUACGGAUACCUCGCGCCAACGAUCGGCAAUCUGAUGGCUCGGGCGAUGGAGAAAGAAGUCGAUACGAACGCGUACGUGACGCCCUGGUCAAGCUACUUCGGAGAGAACUACAAGAGCUACGAAACCAAGACCGAGUGCUUGAUCAAACAGUACAACAAUUACUCGGUGGGACCAGCUACGAUCGACGAAAAUAUAUACGACGCUAUCGCUAUCAAAGUAGCUUUCAACGCGUUCCGCAACAGCUUCAUCGGCGAGAAUACGGCCAUGCAACUUCCAGGCUUGGAACAUUUGAGCGAAUAUCAGCUCUUCUUCGUCUCGUAUGCAGUGGGAAAAUGCCAGGCAGUCACGACGAAGUACCUGGCCGAGCACGACCCAGCUUAUUUCACACCGAACGAGUACCGGGUCAUCGGGUCAAUAUCGAAUUCCGAGCUCUUCACCAAUGCCUUCUUUUGCUUUUUUAAAAAUCCAGAGAAUUCCGCACCCAAGUGUACCCUCUAAAUAAAUCGAAUCUGAUUCUCCUUCAAAUAUACAUUACCAACCGUUACGUGAAAAAAA